GACAGUUUCUGCAUCUUCCUGGCACCGUUGGCUCUUGUGCAACUAUGUACUUGACUCCUAGGGGCUGGUGCAGGGCUGUGGGUGGCAGGGGGCACCAGGAGACCCCUCCUCCAGCCUUGCUCCUUGUCUUCCACUACCUCAGUUUGCACCGGGAGGGGAAACUGAGGCACGGUGUUCUGCCUGGGCCAUGCUGGGGGCAGAAUCCAGGCAUCCUGACCCAUAUCUGCACCCCAACCCCAGUGUUCGGCUCCAUCCCUAGGGUGUGGGUGUGGGGGGGGGCAGGCACAUGGCGGGGCUGAUAAGGGCCUAUCGUGUGCUGCAGACGCUGCCCGGCGCGGCCUCAUGAAUGUCUGAUUCUGCCGACGGGCGGCUGCAAAGGGACCCGGCUGGCGCCGAGCAGGCAGGAUGACUCACGUAGAUCCUUCUUCCACCAGUCGGGAGAUGGGAUGGCUCAGGUAGAUCCUGCCUCUACCAAUCAUGAGAUGGGAUGGCUCAGGUAGAUCCUUCUUCCACCAAUCAGCAGGCAAGAUGGCUCAGAUCUUCGCUGCCACGGCCGGCUUCGGAGCAACGCUGCUGGAGCCACCACUGGGCAGGGCCUGGCCCAGCAAGAUGCCCCCCUGCCCUCCACAGCAGGGCCGGGCCCGGGCCCCACUCCUGUCCGGGCCCCUGGGGGGUGAGCACGGGCCGCCGGGCGACAUGGACCUGGCCUGGCAGGAGAUCCUGUCCAUUGCGGAGCUGCAGGGCCUGGACCUCCCGAGUGAGUCGCCCUAUGACCCCGCGCUCUACAGCCUCACGCACCCGCUAGCACCGGUGGGUGGCUACGGGCCCUGCCCAGCACUGGGUGAUGCCCCGGGGCCCAGCUGUGGCCAGCCCUGCCCGGGCUAUGAGCGCCCCUACAUGGAUGCCAUGCUGGCCCCCUGCGCCCGCCUUGGCAUGGGGCCCCUGCCUGCCAUGGACCCCUCGUACGGCUACACAGGCAUGCUGAUCUCCUCCGCUAUGGACCUACCCAGCAAGGUGCUGCCUGGAGAGGCGGGGGCGCUGCCUGAGCUGGGCCUGGCACCCCCACCGCCCUGCAAAGCCCAGGAAGACCUGGAGUCGGACUCGGGGCUCUCUCUCAACUACAGCGACGCUGACUCCGGGGAGCCCGAAGGGCUGGAGCUGGGACAGGCACGGCCCGACUACGCUGAGCUGUACCCGGUGGACUACGGGUUGCCCUACCCUGGGUUGCAGGGUGUGCCCCCCUUUACACCCCCCUGCCCGCCCCUGCCACCCCCAGAGAAGGACCGGGGGACGCCGCGAGCAGAGCUGGGGGGCAGCCGGGAUGAGCGGCGGGCGCUGGCCAUGAACAUCCCCAUCCCCACGGAGAAGAUCAUCAACCUGCCAGUGGAGGACUUCAAUGAGCUGGUAUCGCGGCACCCGCUGUCGGAGCCGCAGCUGGCGCUGAUCCGGGACAUCCGGCGCCGCGGCAAGAACAAGGUGGCAGCGCAGAACUGCCGGCGCCGCAAGCUGGAAGGCAUCGCCCAGCUGGAGCACGAGCUGGAGCGCCUGGACCAUGAGCGCCAGCGGUUGCUGCGGGACCGGCGUGAGGCCGACCAGGCGCUCGGCACGCUGCGGCGCCAGCUGGCCCAGCUCUACCGCCAGGUCUUCCAGCGCCUGCGGGAUGAAGCCGGUGAAGCCUACUCGCCCGAGCACUACAGCCUACAGCUGGCGGCCGACGGCACUGUGCUCCUUGUGCCCCGCGGGUGCAAGGCGGAUGGACCUGACUGAGGGCGUCCCCCCACUCCAGGCUUGCAGCCCCUUCACGGGGGCACCCCCUGGCUGUAGUAUCCCUCCCAUUUGUGGAGUGCCCUUCAAACAGCAGCCUUCUGCCCCACUCUGCCAAGGGGGACACUGGGGGGGCAUCAAGCACGGAUGGGCUACAGAGAGGCUCCCCUGAGGCUGGGCCCAAUAGGGGCUUAAGUACAUUGCACCUCUGGGGGCACAUUGAUGUGUUGCACUGCUGAGCUUCUUGGGGGGCAGGGGGGGGCUGUUAAUGCACUGCACUCCAAGUCCCAGAGGCCUGAAGGUGGGAGGGGGCAUUACAUGGCAACACCCCAGACUUGAGGCCUAAGAGGGCCCCUGCCUCUGUUACCCCUCUGGCCAGGCAGCAGGAGGGCCCCCAGCCCACUGCCUUGUCCACCCUGAGCACUGUUUGGGGGGGGAUGGGGGGGGCUGUGACAAGGGGAAGGCAACAUGGGGGGGGGUCACUGGGGACAGAGCAUAAUGGGAGCAGGGCCACAUGGGGCACAGGAUGGGGUGGGGGCACCAGCAACUUUUCACUGCUGUAAAUAGUAACUGUCCCACAGCUGGGAAUAAAGCCCUUGCUAGGGGCCACUGGAAAGCCA